UCUCGCGGUUCAGCCCGCGCUGACUGCGCGCUCUGAUUGGCCAGUGUUUUUCGUUAAUAAUUCGAAAACGAAGCCUUAACCAACAUUUUGGCAAAGGAAAAAGUUGUUUAAAAUGACCUCGGCAAUCACAAUCAUUCUUCCACGGGUCCUACCCCAGUUCUGGGACACCCUGUAUACAUUGUCCCAGAAUGUACAUAUAACCCCUUAAAGAAACUUUUAUGAUCCAUAAAAAAUAACGUUGCAUUGAUUAUCUCCCAUAUGUUUGGGAUUACAUAUAAUUACCACUGUAAUUACUAUUGAAUGACAUAUUGUAUACAUGCAUAGAAACGUGUGCUUCACAAAUAUUGUUAUAACAUCAUAAAACAUGAUCAAUUAAAAUGAUAAACCUCUCGGUUAUUUUUAAUUGAUGAUUAAAUUGAUUUGUUAAAACAAUAAAAUAACUUUGAUUAAUAAUGCGAUGACGGUCUCAAAUCCUCUUAUCAAAGAACUGAAAGGCUGGACACGAAAGCUAACAGAAGGAGACAGAGAGAUUGAUGAUGAAAAUAUAGAUCUGCCUUUCUUUUGUAAAUGUUUAGAGAAAUGCUUUCAAAAAGGCAUAUUGCUUCGUUUCAAUCCUAUAGGUUUUCCAAAGUUACCUGAUGCUUGGUACUGGCUAGAAGAAAUUGCAGAAAAAAAUUUUAGUUCCUGUUGUACCUACUCUUUGGUAGUUGAACAAGUAAAACAAUCACCAAAAGUUCAUACAGCUACUGGACGUCUUAGACUUUUAAUUAGAACAUGUUUGAUACGAAAGUGCCUUCAUGUGCCAGUCGAAAUGCUGGUCAGAACACCAUUAAUGGCUAUUAAUUACUAUGAUAAGAACAGUAUUCUGGGAGAUGAUAUUCUUGGUGAAAUAUUGUUAUCAGUAUUACUGCAAAGCAGUAAACUAAAUUUUAAAUUAAAUUUACGAAAUUCGAGUUUCCUCGAUGAGUCCUGGCAAUUACCAGAAUGUGUAACUUUGGAAUUAGUACCAUCUAAAAGUUUAGGUAUUUCAGUAUGUUUCAUUAAAGGGAAAGCAUUGGUAGUUAAUUUGGACAGAAACUGUGUAGCUGCAGAAGAUGAUAAAGUUGAAAUUGGAGAUAUAUUAGAUGAGAUAAAUGGAACUGCUAUAACAUCUAAUACUAAAGGACAGUUGCGAAAAAUUAUGAAAAAAAGUGUAGGCCAACCAGUGUGCCUAUAUGUAAUUAAACACCGUAAUAAAGAAACAAAUGAAUUAUACAUUCCAAUUAUACAUCUCAUAAAAAAUUCAGGUAUCGAAGGUUUGAAAAAAAUUUUAAAAAAAUUCAGUUCAGAAAACAAUGAGGAGAAGCAAAAGAAAGAGACAAUAAAACCAGAAAACAAGGCAUUAAAUGCUGGAUUUUGUGUUAAAUAUUGUGGUUCUGCAUAUAUUGGUACAGAAGGCGAUGUUAAACAAAUUGAAAGAGCAAUUUUGCUAAUAAUAAAAUCAGAGGAAAUAAAGUCGAUUCCUGCAAAAUUUGAAUGUCUAGAAAUUGGAAUUAGAGUGACGCAAGACACUGAUGAUAAAGUAAUAUGUAAACAAAGUUACAUGGAAAUUUCGUCUUGUGGCCGUACGAGAAACAUUCCUAAUUAUUUUGCAUUCAUUGCAGGAGAUACUAAUUGUAAUCUAGCAACCAAAUUUGAUGCAUAUGUAUUUUAUAGCCAAAAUGAGCAAGAAGUGCAAACUAUUUUGCAAAGUUUGGGUCAAGGAUUUCAACGUACUCAUUUUGCGGUAUAAUUGUUUGAAAUAAAAAUAACACUUUUAGAGAAAGGUACUUUUCAAUAAUGGAAACAAUAUUUCGUGAUAAAAAUGUUCGUAGAACAUUCCUACUUAUAAAGCUAGUCAGUUAUAGAAUGGAUACAUUCUUUAUUUUAUUCUAUAAAUAUUUAUCUUCUAAUAAAAAA